UGAAUUUGAACUUUCAUGAUUACUUCUACAUGUUUUUUUUCUUCGCAACUACGGUUUUCUUCCUCCGUUUCGCUGUGAUUUUGUCCGUGGAGGUCGAAGUUUUGACGAUUCUUUCCAUUUGUUAAUUGAUCCUUUUUCCUUCAAGUUUCUUUCAUUCCGGACAAGUGAGAAAGGGAUAAGUGUUGGCGAUUCUGGAGUUGAUAUCUGAUAAAUUAUAAGGUUUCUGCUUGCAUAUCAUUAAUUUGCCCUGUAGGUCGAAUUGAACGGUAGCGUGAUGGGUUAAUAAAAGCACACUGAGGAGGACCAUGUGUCAGGAUUACAUUUUUCUUCUUGGCUAACUAGUUAGAUUAUCACUUAACGUUCAGGAAAUAACUGGAGUUGCUUGACCAAUUCAUGGCCUAUGAGCAGUACUUUGUGCAAGGAUGGAAACACUACAACGGUUGCUUUGAUUGUAACAUCUGCUUUGACUUUGCCCAUGAGCCAGUGGUAACUCUCUGCGGCCACUUAUACUGCUGGCCUUGCAUCUACAAAUGGCUUCACGUCCAGAGUGCCUCUCUUGCCAUUGACGAGCACCCACAGUGCCCGGUUUGCAAGGCUGAUAUUUCCCACACCACAAUGGUUCCUCUCUACGGUUGUGGCCGAACGGCCGAGCAAGUCGAGCCUGAAGCUAAAGCAAUGCAUCGUGACAUUGAUAUACCUCCUAGACCUUCAGCUUGUGGUAACCAGAUGCUUGCUACUCCCAGCACACACCAGCAGCAACUUCCAUAUCGAAAUCCUUACCAGCGACCGAACCACGACCCCGUUCUUUUUGGGAAUUAUGAAGAAGAUUCAGCAGCCUCUUUGCUAAACCUUGGGAGAACAUCAUUCAGUGGAUUUGACCAUCGGGUGGCAGGAAUGAUUGGCAAUUUCGUGUAUGCGAGGGUCUUUGGGAACUCAGACAACUUAAACUCUUACUUGGGAACAGGGAGCAGAAGGGAUGGGUUGAGAAGACAUGAAAUGCAGGUAGCCAAGUCAUUGAACAGAAUCUCCAUUUUCCUGUUCUGCUGUGUAAUUCUAUGCGUUCUUGUCUUCUAAUGAUGUUCCAUUCUUGGAAACAUCCCCAUUUUCAAGACAAGAAAGACACAAAUAAAGUGCAUUGUCGUCUUUGUAUAGGCUUUUUGCACCCAGAAAACUUGUUGCAUUUUCCGAGGGUUCUUGAAAACUUUUAAUCACUGUUUUCUU